AUGAAAUUCUUCUCUUUCUGCGCACUCUCGUUCGCCGUCGCGAGCUCGGCUGUGGCGACCAGCGAUGUCGCUCCUAUCGAGAUUUCGUCCCUUGCCAGUGGCUACGCGCCCGAGGUCUAUACCGAUGCUGGCACGAUUGAGGCAAUUCGAAAUACUUUAGCCAUCUAUGCUUUCGCUAUUGACGGUAAAGACUUCGACGCUCUUAGCAAGGUCUUUACCACCGACGCGACAGCCAACUACUCGGCGCCCCUCAACGUGCUGACCCCGCUGAAAACGAUUCAAUCCGUGCUAGGCACGAGCCUGGGAUGUGUAACCACGCAACAUCUUUAUGGUACACAACGGAUCGAUGUACUUUCCCCCAUCACGGCAAAGUCGGUGACAUACUUCCGUGCCGCCCACUUCGGGAAAGGAGACAAGGCGAAUGAUGUGGACUAUGCCUAUGGCCAAUAUCAGGAUAACUGGCAACGUCAGCUUACUGGUACCUGGCGUAUUGUUCACCGAAAUCUUGUUUAUAUGGGUCCCCAAAUUGGCAACAUGUCUGUUUUCGUGUGCUAG